AUGGCUUCUCGCAGGGUCAGUCUCCUGUCCCUCAAUGCGAGGUCGGGUGCCCGUUCCAGCUCUCCCCUCCCUACACGCAGGGCAUCUGUGCUAGCGACCUUCAAGACACCAAAGGUCUUGAACGAACCAAACCACCAUUAUGCAAAGGGCUCUGCCCAACGGGAUGGGCUGCUGUCUGCGGUCCAGGAGAUGAAGGGCAAAGGCACGAUAGAGGUGCCGAUAGUAAUUGGUGGUAAAGAGGUCAAGACGUCUUCCACCGGCAAACAGCUCAAUCCAUCCAAUCAUUCAGAAGUUGUGGCGACAUACUCCAAGGCCGGUCCUGAGCAUGUCGAGCAGGCCAUCAGCUCUGCACUGGCCGCCAGGGAGGCAUGGGCAUCUCUUCCCUUCGCAGACCGAGCAGCGGUCUUUCUCAAGGCGGCAGAUCUGGUUGCUACCAAGUACAGGUACGACAUUAUGGCCGCUACAAUGCUGGGCCAGGGCAAGAACGCGUGGCAGGCUGAGAUCGACGCCGCCGCCGAGCUGUGUGAUUUUCUACGGUUCAACGUCCAGUACGCCGAGGAGCUCUACGCACAACAGCCUGCGCACAACGCCCCCGGCGUGUGGAGCAGGAUCGAGUACCGGCCCCUCGAGGGCUUUGUCUACGCCAUCACGCCUUUCAACUUCACCGCCAUCGCCGGCAAUCUACCUGGCCUCCCUGCCCUCCUGGGCAAUGUCGUCGUCUGGAAGCCAUCUGACUACGCCAUUGCCUCCAACUGGCUGCUCUACAACAUCUUCCUCGAGGCAGGACUGCCCAAGGACGUGAUCCAGUUCGUCCCUGGCGAGCCCGAGGAAAUCACCAAGGUCGUCCUGGGCCACAAGCAGUUCGCUGCCCUCCACUACACCGGCAGCACAGCUGUGUUCCGCAAGCUGUACGGCCAGAUUGGGGAGGGCAUCGCCCAGGGCCGGUACAUCGGCUACCCUCGUAUCGUGGGCGAGACAGGCGGCAAGAACUUCCAUAUCAUCCACCCGACCGCGGAUCUCGACAACGCAGCCAAGCAGACGGUGCGCGGGGCCUUCGAGUUCCAGGGCCAGAAGUGCAGCGCUACGUCGCGCCUGUAUGUAGCCAAGAGCGUCUGGCCGGCGCUCAAGGAGAAGCUGGUCGCGGAGACGGAGAAGCUCAAGGUUGGUGUGCCGUGGGAGGCGCAGAACUUUGUGGGUCCCGUCAUCCAUGAGGCCUCCUUCAAGAAGCUCAGCGGGGCCAUCGACGCCGCCAAGGAUGACAAGGAGCUCGAGCUAGUCACCGGUGGCCGGUACGACGACUCCAAGGGCUACUACGUGCAUCCCACCAUCUAUCAGACGACGAACCCAGCGCAUUCUUAUCUGAGAAGUGAGUUCUUUGGACCGAUCCUCACGGCGUACGUGUACGACGACAGUCAGCCCGACGGGUUCGUCAAGGCGUGCGAGCUGGUGGACUCCACGUCCGAGUAUGGCCUGACGGGCUCGGUGUUUGCAGCCGACCGCGCAGUUGUGAGGGUCGCAGAGGAUGCGUUGCGCAAUGCGGCCGGCAACUUCUACAUCAACUGCAAGAGCACCGGCGCGGUGGUGGGACAGCAGCCGUUCGGGGGCGCAAGGGCCUCCGGCACCAAUGACAAGGCGGGAAGCGCGGCGAUCAUGGGCCGGUUUGUCAGCAUGAGGACCAUGAAGGAAGAGUUUGGGGCGACCACCAGGGUCGAGUAUCCGAGCAAUGAGGUCUGAGCGUACGAUCAAGUACGGGGAAGCCAUUCCGACAAUUGCAUAUCGGCACAUUCAUCGAAUCUUCCAAAAAUGGAACAGGAUGGUUUGCAGUUCAAGGUUACGAUCGGCAUGUGACAGGCAAAAGUGGUCUAGAUGUGCCGGGUUUCCUCUUACAGCUCAGCAGCACAAGAGCAUGAUGCUGCCCCGUUUUGGGAUGAAGGUCGCAGCACGUGAGCAGUGUCACGAGUGUGGAAGGACCCGGGGUUGCUGCAGGUGAGCACGUGGGUACCUCUCAGGCCAGGAAGCUUGGAAAAGUGGUCCUGUCUGAAAUCGCUAGCCAGCCAAUGUUCAUCUUGAUUCGAAUC